GUCCGCCGGCGUUCUGUCGGUCUCCCCCUUCCUCGAGGCGGCGCUGUAGGGGGAAAGGGAGGGGGGAAAGAGCGAGCGCGCGAGGCUCGGCCAAGGCAGAGCAUGCGCAGUAAGUCUCGACCAGUCAGUCAGGCGUUCUAGCCCGCUCGGUGCGGCGUUUCUUGGCCGCCCGCUGUGAGUUGAGCGAUUUCGGCGGCGGGAGGGGAGUGACCGCGUGAGGGGAGGGGGGCUUCCUUUUCCUCCCCCCCCCUCAGGCGGCCGAAGAUGGCGGAGACCGGCAGUGCCUCGGCGCCCUCCCUGAAGGGGCUGCGGGAACAGAUGGUUGCUACAGCCCAAGCAUUAGCUGAAGAAAGAAGAAACCAAAGUAGUGUUAGUCCUGUUCCAGUCCCAUCCUCAAUAACCAUAAAAACAGCAACCAAACCAGUGAUAGAUGGCUCCAUCUUGAGAUAGGAAGAGAGGCAAAGACUAGCCAGGGAGCGUAGAGAAGAACGAGAGAAGCAGCAUGCUGCCAAAGAAUCACAAAUACUUGAAAAAGAGAAGAAAGCAAAGCUCCAAUAUGAAAAGCAAAUAGAAGAGAAACAGCGAAAAUUGAAAGAGCAGAAGCUGAAAGAGCAACAAAGAAGAGCAGCAGUAGAAGAAAAAAGAAAGCAAAAGAUUGAGGAAGAGAAGGAGCAUUAUGAAGCAGUGGUGCAUCGUACUUUGGAGCGGAGCCACAGAUUGGAAACCAGACAGAAGAGAUGGUCUUGGGGUGGCUCUGUAACAGAUAUUGAUGGCAAGACAGAGUCACCAGCUGCAUCUGAAGCUAGCAAACGUUCUACUUCUUCAGCAAACCUCAAGCAAGUAGAGAUCAAUAAACGGCUCUCAUCGUCAGCAGCACUUCUUAAUUCUCCAAGCAAGAGCACCACUAAAAGAAGUGCUUCAUUAAACAGACUGAAUAACAAAGUUCCUCUGAAUUCUGAGCAGCCAGUGUCCAAAGGUUUACAGGUGGAGCAGAAAGGAGCAAUGGAAAAGAAGAGGAGCUCAUCCUUGAGUAGAAUGGGCAAUAAACUUCAGUCUUCUCCAGAUUUAGAAAGUGUGCAAAAAGAAGAAAAAGCAGCUCGUCGUUCCCAGUUCAUCCCUCUGGAGAGUAACGUGAUCAGUCGCCUGCUCGCCCCCACCCAAGCUUCCUUAGCUAGGAGUAAAAGUGCCGCCACAUUAUCAGCUGAUGGCAGAGAUCCCUCAGAAUCUCCCCUCUGUCCUCGUUCAGCUCCCAACAGUUCCCCAGUUCACGGUCCCAAAGCACCUGUACGCAGCCGCAGUAUUGACAGGUUGAAGACGAUAACUGCCUCUUCAUCAGAUAAUAUUUCUCUGGAACAUGCACAGAAACUUGAAGUAGGAAAACAGUCUCCGUCUACCGCUGGGAGGCGUGCACCAUCACCAUCAUUGUCCACUUCCAGACGAUCGCCCUCUCCUGCUAAACUGGGUAAACGCCCUCCAUCUCCAGCUGCAAUCAGACAAAAGCCUCGACCACCUUCACCAAGCAUCUUAAGACCAAGGCCACCAUCUCCUGUUACGGUCUCUAAACCAGCACCUAUUCAGCGCCCAUCUCUCACCCCUAACGUCCUCAAUAUACCAAAAAAGAAACCAGAUGUGGACUGUAAACCAAAGGAGAAAAUGGAUGAAACUGCAGGGCAAGAGCAAGGGCCUUCUCCACAAACGUCAGAGCGAGAAAUUGCUGCAAAUGCUUCAAAGACCAAAGAAGUGUUGUUAAAUUGUUUACUGUUGGUGCCUCAGGUCCAGGUGUUCCUGGACGAUGCUGAUUUUUGGACCCGAUUCCAUUUGACUGUCAACCUGUUUUGGCUCAAAAAAGAAGAAAUAGCCAAGAAAGCACUUGAGGAACAGGCACAGAGAGAAGAUGAGCUCUGCCAGCUAGAAGAACAAAGGAAGAUAGAAGAAGAGGAACAGCAAAGAUUGGCUGAGAAGGAGAGAGUUCGAAGGGAGGAAGAGGAACAGGAAAAGCUGGCUGAGCUUCAGCAGCAGCGAGAAGAAGCUGAAGCAAAAGCACAAGAAGAAGCUAACAGGCACCGGCAAGAGCAAGAGCGAAUUAUGCAGCAGAACAUGCAAGAGCGGCUGGAGAGGAAGAAGAGAAUUGAAGAAAUAAUGAAGAGGACUCGGAAGGCGGAACAGAAUGAAGCCAAGAAUGAAGAGAAAUCAAAUGAUGAAGAUGAGGAUGUUGAGGAGGAGGAUGACCUGGGCCUUGAAAAGCAAGAUCAGCCUGAAAAGGCAAAUUACAUUGACUCACCUCUGGAAGAUGCUCCUGAGAGUUUAUUACAAGAAGCAUCAACAAUAGAGCCUGGUGAUGUCUUUAUAAACGGCAACGAGCAGCUGGAGAUUAAUCAGACAGACAAAGAUGAGAAUUCUGAGCAUUUUACCCAGAUAAAAGAGGCCAGUCCUCCAGCAAAGGAAGCAAUAAUUGAGAACUCUGGAAUUCUGCAUGUUAAUGAAGCCAAUCACCCAACUGGAUUCCUAUCAAAUCUGAAUGGAAAAUCUCUUGCAUGGAAUUUUGAGGAGAUAAUUGAUCUUGGAGUGGUUCCCAAGACGACCAGGCAAAGCUCAGAUAGUACCGCUGCUGAAAUGUCAAACCAGAACUUGAAAGAUGCUACUGCAGUACCUCCAAGUCCCAAACUGGUUUUUGAGGAAGAAAGCACAAUGAAUUCCUUGACCAAACCAAUAGAGACUGCAUCAGAACUGUGAACACUAGAAUCCUGGAAGUCUCCUGGUUGCACUUGAGGAAUUCAGGGUUUUAUUAUGUUGUGAAGGCCUUGUUUUGAAAAAGCUGCUUGUGAACCUUUGCCCACCUCCAAGUUACUUCCCCCCCCCCGAGCUACCCCAUCUAACCUUGCACCUUGAAACCUCUUCAGGGAGAUUCUUGCCAUUGUUGUUUCUCCAGUUGCUUUCUUGGAUCUGUUUCUCCAGUUGCUUUCUUGGAUCUGUUUCCUUUUAUAAUGCAACUUCUUCUCCCCUUGAGGAAAUGUUUACUAAACUGCCUAAGGGUCCUUAAUUUUCCUCUUAACAUGAGAUAUCGUGGCUUACUCUGGAGACUUACUAACGCACAGAGAGUUAGGGGGGGAAUGCCCUAACCCUAAUGAUUAUUAAAACCGAGCUCAGUUUAUUACAAGAUACUGGCAUAACCUUGUCCACCUGUGUUACAGGGGGCAAUGUCUGAAGAGAGAUAACAUAAAUAGUUGAGAUCAGUACCUUCUGUGAGUGUGAGUCAGAUGACAAUUAUGACAGAUUGUUUACUAUUAAAAGAAAGUUAUAGGCUCUGAAGUCUCUGUCAACACUUGAAAUCAAGCACUAAGUCCUUAAGAGUGGUGAGUUUUGAUAAAACAAAACGAACAAACAAAAAAGAUCCUGUUCGCCUCAGAGGCAAAUCUCUUCUGCAUCCGUUGAACAUUUCAGAUGGGGGCAGGUCUCUGAUGGUCAGAAUUCCAGUUUCUGGGGUCAACCUCUUCAGCGCCUCCCGAGUGAUUCUGUUGUAAGACGGAUGUGAUGUGUCAUAGGGAGCAUAAAUGCUGCUGUUCAUUAGCCCCAGUGCCUGCACACGCUACACAGAGUGAGGCGUGGUUAGGACGUGCUCAUCAGAGUGGGAGGAACCAAGGCCAGCUGGAUGCUUUUGGUGGGGCCCAGGGGAACCAGUUGAAUUGAGUGUGUUACCUUAACCCAUUGAGUCACGUAAGCCUUUCGAAGGGUGGCCUUUCUAUAAUACAUUUUAAUACGCAAGGCUCCAUAUUUUGGUUUGAGCCAGUGCACACCCUGAAAUUUGAAGGAGCAAGUUGUGUUGGUGUUGCAAUGCACAGUCCACCAGGCUAUCCCGCUAUUGUGCAGCUUCUGGUCCUUUUGACAGAGCUCGCGUGGCUCUCUGGUGGCAGCCACGUGGGAGCAGAGUGCUCGGCAGAUUCUUCCCAUUGUGCAAUUGUCAUUAGUUGAGUUUAAACAGUUUUGUUUUUCCUUUUUAAAAAAUUACAUGUAUUUAAGUUUAUCUUCACACAUGUAAGUAUUUUUGUGUACAUAAAACAAGUAUUAGACCCUUCCAGUUGUGUGUUUUUUUUCUUUUUGUCCAUGUUAAUUAUUCUACAUGUGUUUGUCUGCUUGCUUUACCAAGCUUGCCUCUGCCCUCAGAGCUGCUGUCUAUUCAGCUGCCUGUUUAGCCCCAACUGUGUCCAGCAUGAAGGAAUGACCUCCAUGGCUGAUUUGCAGAUACUUGAGAGAAGACCCAUGUUGUACUCCUAUGACUGUCUUAAGUAGCUAGCUGUCCUUCUGAAAGUGCUGCUCCCUCAAAAGACUGCUUGAAUCAGCAGCAACUAUUUCAACCCAGUUUGGCAACUGCCUUCUCAGUGUCUUUGCUUCUCCCCCCACCCCCAAUACAAAUGUUCUCUCUGAAACCAAGGAAGUCCCCUUCCUUGACGUCCCGGUUAAAUUAGGAAGCCAGACCCUGCCCCUGUUGUCUUGCCCCACCCCUUUGCUGUUUCCAGAUAUUGUGGAACUGUUAGAAACUAGAACAGUGCCUUAGGUUUAAACAAAAAAUGUAUUUUUAUAUAAUAGCUCUUUCAUUCUGGCAGAGACAAUCACUCUUAACAAGCAUGAUGCCGAUAUUUUUCUGUG